UUAUUAAUGUGAACUUUAUUAAUGUGAACUUUAUCAAUGUGAACUUUAUCAAUGUGAACUUUAUCAAUGUGAGGGCUGAGUUUGUUUCAGAGUUUUUCUGACAUUCCUGGAGUUCAGUGAUCAACGUUCAUCUUGUUUCCGUUGAACUGCAGCCGUCAGGCUCCUGGAGUAAAAGGACGUUUUGAGUCAAAUGUGUUUAUGCAGAUGGAAUAGUUUUAGUAUUUUUCAAAAUGUUUUCUAAACAUUAAAAUCUAUCAGUGUAAUCAGAUCCAGCAGGUUCAGGUAAAAAGUUUGUGAUUUUAUUUUUCUAAAGGUUCAUGGAUCCGAUCCGACCCGCUGACCAGAAUACCAUAUUCACUUUAUUUGUUUUCUCUCAGUCUGAGUUCAGCAGAUGAUCUUUUACAUCAUUUUCCACAUUCUUUAGAUACUCGGGAUGAAAUAUGUUUGUCGGUUUCAGGCUGAGGAACCUUGCCCGUUUCCAUGAUGACCAGCAUGAAGGGUUAGUUUGGGUUCUGAGUUCUGCUCCGUAUCCAGUGACGCUUCCAACAGAUCCAGACUGAACUCUGAGGCACAAACAGAAAUAUUGAUCAUGUUGAAAAUUAAUAUUACCAUUAAGGGUUUAGAUCUUGUUUAUUAAAUGAUGAAAACAUGGAGGAGAAAUCUGAGUUCGGAUCCGUCUCAUAGUUACAGUCAGACUGUAUCACUGAAGUUAUUGCAGCAUUCAGAGAAAUAUCUCUGCCUGUCACUAAUGCAGAAGGCUGAUUGUUUCAUCUGUGGUGUAAUCAGGCAGUCACUGGAUCAUCUGAUGGCCAGAAGCGGAAUCUGACGGCCAGAAGCAGAAUCUGACGGCCAGAAGCGGAAUCUGACGGCCAGAAGCAGAAUCUGACGGCCUCGGUUCAGGCGUCACAAAGUGGCUCUGCAGGUUUUCAGGUGGUUUUAUUGUUGGAUGUUUGUGACCUGAUGUUGAAACUAUGAGUUCAUGGUUUUGUUGCCCCAAAGGGAGAAGAUGCAGAAAAACCCCAGACUGGGAUUCAAACCCACAACCUUCUUGCUGCAGGGCUUCAGUUCUACCAUCUGCUCCACUGAGCUGCCCAGAAAAUAUCAGCAGCCGAUUAAACCCAAAUGUUUCAGUUUGCUGUGGGUUGUUUCUGCUGUCAUAGUGAUUUAAACCUUAUAAACGUCAGUCUGGUCAGUGAGCUGCAGAACGAGUCAGGAUUUACAGCUGGGAGAGUUUAGCUGCUGGUCCACCAACAAUCUUUGAUUUAGAGUCAAAAAUGACUACAGGAUUCACUAAAGGUCAGGAAAUGAGCUGCUUACAUGCAUUAACUGCUUCUGGCAUCAUUUCUAACAGAGUUCAUCCUGAAGGUGGAAGAUAAAACUGACCAGAUGAAGAAAUGAAUCAGGAUAGUUAACAGUUUAGCAGCUCAACGGCUGCUAAACUGGGGAAACUUUACUGAAAAACUGAGCAGGAGUUGUGUCAUUAUUGGGUCAGAACCGUCAGUUUGGGAACCUUCUGACAUAUUUUUGUGAUUACAGUGAAUCUGACGGCCUGUCAAUCAUAUUUCUAUUUACAAUUGAAAUAUGAUUGACACCAUAUUAGCUCUGUAUUUUUCUCCCUCCUAGCUGUGAGGAAGUCAUGAUGGAGUGAAGACUGAAGCUGGAAGCAAACACUGUCGCUUCCUGAUCUCCGGCCGUUCCCUGUUCUCCGGACGCUCCCGGUUUUCCUGAAGCUCCGCCUCCAUCCGGCGGCUCGGCUUCCUCUCGUCUCGGUCAUGAAUCCAUACGGAGACGAUGUGUCUGGGUUUUCUGGCGGUCCGGUUCCGUACUCGGCCUCUAACCCCAAUUACUCCAUGGAUCCGUCGGUUCCUCCAAUCAUCCAGACGGGUCACAGCUCUCUGCCCCCCCCUGCUGCCCAUUUCCCACCCGCCCUCCCAGGCCCCGCCCUCCCAGGCCCCGCCCCCAGCUCCAUGCUGCCGGCCUUCAGCCCCACCGGUAACCCCUACGCCCCCGCCGGCCUCCACCCGCCCCAGCUCUCUGUCCCGGACCUCCAGCCGCCCCAGACGGAGUUCUCUGACGAGUCGGGUCCAGACCUGGAGUGCGCCAUCUGCUUCAGCCAGUUCAACAACGUCUUCCGCUGCCCCAAGAUGCUGAACUGUAAGCACACCUUCUGCCUGGAGUGCCUGGCGCGUAUGAACGUGAAGUCUGCGGAGCCCAGCGCCAUCCUGUGCCCUCUGUGCCGCGGCCUGACCCCGCUGCCCCCCCUCGGCCUGCCCAAGCUGGCCACCGACUCGGACGUCCUGUCCUACCUGCCGGCCGCCAUGCAGAGGGUCUACAGCAUCCGCUUCAUCCGCAACAAGGGGAAGCUGCAGGUCAAAAGGUCGUCUGACGGACCGGGUCAGGCGGGUCGGCCGGGUCGCCGGUCCGUGACCUCUCUCAGGUCGGUGAACCGCACUCUGGACGUGGGGCUUCCCAGCUCGUCCUCCAGGGACGGCGGCAGGUCGGGGGACGGCGUGGGCGGCGCCCUGUUCCGGCUGACGGGCCGACCCGUCUGCCGGGCCGUCCUGCUCACCUCGGUGGUGAUGAUGAUGGUCCUCCUCACCGGAAUCGUCAUCUACCUAAUCACCAGCAAAAAAUGACAUCACUUCCUGUCUGCUGGGAGGAAGAAACUGAAAUAUGAAUAAUCUGUUUUAACCCUGAAGCUGAGCGGGACGCAACGGACCUUCAUCUUCCUCCUCUGGGUCAGAACCACCUUCAUCUUCCUCCUCUGGGUCAGAACCACCUUCAUCUUCCUCCUCUGGGUCAGAACCACCUUCAUCUUCCUCCUCUGGGUCAGAACCACCUUCAUCUUCCUCCUCUGGGUCAGAACCACCUUCUGAAUGAUGAUGAUGAUGAUGAUGCUUCACAUGUGGGAAGACUUCAAAGGAAGAGCUGCUGCAGUGAAACUGAUCACUUCCUGUUUUUAUGUAAACGGGUCGAUCCCAGGUCACAAUCCGGUUGAUCAGAACCGGGUCAGAGUCGGUCCAGUUUCCUUCCAGGUGAAUCUAGAGGAACCAAACAUGAUCUGCUUCCUCUUCAUCGUCAGGAUCCGAUCGGCUCGGCUCACGUUUUCACCUCACUUGGUUCUGCUGUUCUGCUGGCUCCAGUUCUGUUCUGGUUCUGGGUUCUAUUCUGGUUUCGGUUCUGGUACCGGUUCUGUCUAUGGGUCCGGUUCUGGUACCGGUUCUGUUUCUAAAGAUAAACUGUUUUCUGCCUCCUGCUGCAGAUUUCCCUUUUAGCCAAAUGUUGUUGACAGAAUCAUGCAAACGAUCCGGCUGUUCAGACAGAGGCUACACAGAACCAGCAGUCGGUUCCGGUCCGGUCCGACCCGUUUUGGCGGGUUCCUCCAGAAAUUUGCCUGGAUGUUAAAAUAUCAAUGUUUCCACAGCAGCUCAGAGUUUUAUUUCCAUAAACACUCGGAGGAAACGGGUCGGUUCUCUGGGCCGGUUCUGAGGGGAUGAGUUCAUCUGGACGGGUCGGGUCUUUGCAUGAACCCGGCGUUUGGACUCUGAGUGAUAGUUCUGGUCUUUCUGACUGACCCAGUUUGAUCCGAACUUUAAAUUGGACCCAACAGAACCAGAACUGAUUCGGAUGAACUGCUGUGAAUAUGAAACUUGAGCUGAAAUCU